AAUAAAAUUUAAAUAAAAGUACAAUGCAAGUAGCCUGUCGUGUUUAGAGGGGGGAUGCCCCCCCUCGAUUUCUUUACUUGGCAAUGCUUUGGAAGCCCGCACGUAUCACUGAGAUUUCUGCAUGCCAACCUGUGCUGUUAACCCCCUGCUUGAAAAGCUGGGGAGCUGAGCUGUGGCGCCCUCUUGAUGGCUAAACAGGUUGAAUCCCCCACUUUGGAGGGUGUUGCUACCCUCCCCGCUGCAGUCUCUCUCUCUCUCUAUAUAUAUAUAUAUAUGCAAGCAAUUGUUGCAUGAUUGUUGGGGGGUGGGUUUAAAGUUCAUAUAUGUAUAUAUUGUUGCAUGAGUUUUUGGAUUCAUAUAUGUACAGUUGCAUGGUUUUAUUAAAAAUCCGCAUAUGUCUAUAUCGUUGCAUGGGUGUUUUUAAAAAAUUCAUACAUGCAUACUCUCAUGGGUAUUUCCAAUUCAUAUAUGCAUAGUUGCACGGGUAUUCUUUUUUUAAAAAAAAAUCGUAUAUGUCUGUAUUGCAUAGGAGGGAGAGAGAGAGAGAGAAAUUUUGGUUUUUAAAAAUUAAUAUAUUUAUACAUUGCAUCGUUUUAAAAAAGAAUGCCAUAUACGUAUAUAUUGUUGCAUGCAGAUUUUUUUCUUCUUUUUCUUUUUCUUUUUUUCUUUUUCUUUCUUCUUCUUCUUUUUUUUUUAAUUUUGUGGAAUCUCUGCGCGUGACUGACAGCUCGCGGGGGCGUCGUCCAAUGGCGGAGCCCGACGGGGUGAGUCCCGUCUCCCAUUGGCUGGCGGGAGUGUGGGAAAGAAUGUGGAGAAGCUUUCACACGAAUUGGGAAGCGCCUCCGGCUAUAAAGGCGCAGGGGGGUCCCUGCAGCCUCGCAGCCGCCCGCCCGCCCGCGCUGCCCUCUCCUCCCGCUACAAAAAGCCAGGCUCAGCCAGCGCUGCAGCCGCCGCGGGCGUGCCUGGAGCCUUGCCCGUGCACCCUCGCCUCGGACGCCGGCUUGCUCGCCAGAGGGAGGCUUCCCCGCUCCCGAUGCGGUGGGGCCGGCAGCAGCAGCAGCAGCAGCAGCAAACUCCCUGAACGGCUGAGCUCAGGAAGCAGCAGCAGCAGCAGCAAACUCCCUGAACGGCUGAGCUCAGGAAGCAGCAGCAGCAGCAGCAAACUCCCUGAACGGCUGAGCUCAGGAAGCAGCAGCAGCAGCAGCAAACUCCCUGAACGGCUGAGCUCAGGAAGCAGCAGCACGCCUCUGCGCCUGCACCCGCGUCGGAUGUACAGUGUCUUCCAGCCGCCGGUCCGCCUCGCCUGCUCUGGGUGCCGCCGCCGCGUUGGUUUCCUUCCCAGUUUGGCUGCCGCGUUUGCACCGCCUUCCAAGGACUGCAGACAUGCCGGCUGACACCAUGGAGAAGCCGACCGCCUCCCCCAUCGCGGGGGCCCCGGCCAGCUCCAGCCAGACCCCAGACAAGCCCAAGAGCGCCAGCGAGCACAGAAAGUCUUCCAAACCGAUCAUGGAAAAGCGACGGCGUGCCAGGAUCAACGAGAGCUUGGGCCAGUUGAAGACGCUCAUCCUGGACGCUCUGAAGAAAGAUAGCUCCCGACACUCCAAGCUUGAGAAAGCAGAUAUCCUGGAGAUGACCGUCAAGCACCUGCGGAACCUCCAGCGGGCUCAGAUGACAGCCGCCCUGAGUGCCGAUCCUACUGUUCUAGGCAAAUACCGGGCCGGAUUUAACGAGUGCAUGAAUGAGGUCACCCGUUUCCUCUCCACCUGCGAAGGGGUGAACACGGAUGUCCGCAGCCGGCUGCUGGGCCACCUCUCGGCUUGUCUGGGUCAGAUUGUGGCCAUGAAUUACCCUCCGCCGCCGCCGCCCCCGCCGCCGUCGGCCACCAGCGGGCAGCCGGCCCAUCUGCCUCAACCUCUGCACGUCCAGCUGCCCGGCCCGGCGGGAGCGGCCGGGGCCAUGCCGGUCUCCUGCAAACUGAAUCCUGCCGAAACCCUCUCCCCGAAGGUCUAUGGGGGAUUCCAGCUGGUGCCAGCUACCGACGGGCAGUUUGCUUUCCUCAUCCCUAACCCGGCUUUCCCGCCUGGCACCGGGCCAGUGAUUCCGCUCUAUGCCAACGCAAACAUGCCCGUCUCCUCGGGCAACUCCACAGCGACGCCUUCGGCGUCCCCCGUGCAAGGACUCACGUCUUUUGGGGGCAACUUGGCCCCCGUUUCCCAAGCCGGAGGGGAGCGCAGCGAAUCUGUCUGGAGACCCUGGUGACUGCCGUCGGACACACGGUCCCCACAAAAGACUCUGAGAAUAUAUUUGGUUCCGUUGUAUGGAACUUGGAUUUCUGUUUUUGUUGGUUUGUUUUUUAUUUAUUUGUUUCCAAAGGUUGGGAUUUCAGUUUGUAUUUUUUACUCCCCCCUUUUUUUUUAAUUAAAGAAAAAAACCCACAAAUUAAUACGUGUUGGUUUAUGUGAAAUAAUUCCCGUUUAAAAAGAAAGUCUUAGUUUUGUAUCGAAUAUUCCCACAUAUUAUGCCAAAGCUUCUUUUUCGUGAGUCUGUGUACGUCUGAGCUUUUUGAAAGUGUUGGAAGGUGUUUGUACAAAUAAAAACUUUCUUGAACUAGAAA